AACCCCAUCGCUGGAAGGUGAGCCCUGCCUCCGCCCGACCCCGCGUGCCACGUACGUACACAAGGGCGUGCCGCGCGGCGUACUCGGAAGUCGGAACCGAGACAAAGGGGAAAAGCAUCUGCUACUCCGGCCGGCCUCUCUCCUCCUCCUCCUCUCUCUCUCUCUCUCUCUCUCUCUCUCUCCUUCUCUCUUCUCUCUUUCUCUCUCUUCUUCCUUUGCUUUUGCCAACCCGAAGCAUCGAGCAUCUCUCCCCUCUGAUCUCAACACGUGAACGCGCUGCUGAGACAGGGGGGCAUCGAGAGCGACGCGAACAGGCGCCCAGCAGCUUGCGAGCCGAGGCGGCGCUUGCUGGUCAGCGUCGCGUCGGCCUCUCCUCCUCGCCCUCGUCGUCGUCGGGGCAGGCGCCAGCCGGCAGCGAUGGGGCCGCCGCGGGUUGCCGAGCGGCGGUUUGCGGCGUUCAUGGCGGUGCUGCUGCUCGCGUCGGCCGCGGCGGCCGAGGAGGGGGAGCAGAGGGGCCUGCAGGGGCGGGCGCGGCACCGGCACGCGUACGCGGCGAUGAUGUACAUGGGCACGCCGAGGGACUACGAGUUCUACGUGGCCGUGCGCGUCAUGAUGCGCUCCCUGGCCCGGGUCGGCGCCGACGCCGACCGCGUCCUCAUCGCCUCCGCCGACGUGCCCCGCGACUGGGUCCGCGCAAUGAGGGAGGAGGAUGGCAUGAGGGUGGUGAUAGUGGAGAACCUGAAGAAUCCUUAUGAGAACAACCUUGGAGGGAUCAACAGGAGGUUCAAGCUGACGCUGAACAAGCUCUAUGCGUGGAGCCUGGUCGAUUAUGAGCGUGUCGUCAUGAUUGAUUCCGACAACAUCUUCCUCCAGAACACCGACGAGCUCUUCCAGUGUGGACAGUUCUGCGCUGUUUUCAUCAACCCAUGCUAUUUCCACACUGGUCUUUUCGUGCUCCAGCCUUCUAUGGAUGUAUUCAAGGGCAUGCUUCAUGACCUCGAAAUUGGUCGUGACAACUCUGAUGGUGCUGACCAAGGAUUUCUGGUCGGCUGCUACCCAGACUUGCUUGAUAAACCAAUGUUUCACCCACCUGAGAAUGGCACAAAGCUCAACGGGACUUAUCGCCUUCCUCUCGGCUAUCAAAUGGAUGCAUCCUACUACUAUCUCAAGCUACAUUGGCAUGUCCCCUGCGGGCCAAACAGUGUGAUCACAUUCCCCAGUGCCCCUUGGUUUAAACCUUGGUACUGGUGGUCCUGGCCAAUCUUGCCAUUGGGUCUUUCCUGGCACAAGCAGCGCUGGGACGAUCUUGGGUAUGCCGCCGAAAUGCCAGUGAUCCUGAUGGAGGUAUUAAUGUACAUAGUGAUAAUAGCCCUCACCAGAUUAGCAAAACCAGGGAUGACAAAACUGUGCUAUAACCGGCGGCCUGAGAAGCAAAGUGCCCUGGUUCAGUGGCUGAUCAAGUUGACUGCGAUCGUGGCUAUGGUGGCUGCAUAUGCCAUCCCAUUCUUUGUAGUCCCACGCACAGUUCACCCGAUCAUGGGCUGGUCUAUCUACCUCUUUGGUGCACUCGCCUUGUCAGUGGUAGUGAUCAAUGUUUUCCUGCUCCCGGCGCUUGCUGUGCUCACGACCUGGCUCGCAAUUGUCACCAUGCUCUUUGUUAUGGCAUUCCCAUGGUAUAAUGAUGGUGUUGUGAGGGCUUUGGCAGUCUUUGGAUAUGCGUUCUGCUCUGCGCCAUUCUUGUGGGCAUCUGUGGUGAGGAUGAUGGACUCAUUGCAGACGACGCUUGAGAGGGAUCCAUUCUUCCCCCGGCUUGGUGAACCAUCACAGGACACUGAAUUCAGCAAGCUGUACUGAUUCUUUUCUGCACAGAUCUGAGAUGCUUCAUCGUCCCGUGGACAGCCGAUUCAGAUCGGCUGAUUCGUGAUUACUUCUGACGAUUUUGGCUCAGGCAUUCCACUGUAUACUGAUAUGUAUAAACAUUGCCUGCAGCAACCAUGAUUGAUGCAGGUACAGGAAAGGUAGAUCACUUGUACCGAGUUGGAAAAGGGCAUAUUUGUUGCAUGGACAGGGGACUGCUGCAAAUUA